AUGCCGGAGCACCGGAACCUGGAAGAGAGCAGCUGGCCGGUGCUCAUGCAUGCUGGACCAGGUGGCCGGCAUGCAAGUGUGCGUCGGAACCCAGAAGAGCAGCUGGUAUCAGUGGCUUUAAUAAGUCUGUUGGAAACUACACUACUGGGCUAUCUCAGUUACAAAGGAAACAUAUGGGAACAAGUUGUACGCAUUCCUUUUCUGCUGGAAAUCAUCAAUGCUAUUCCUUUCAUCAUUACGAUUUUCUGUCCUGCAUUAAGAAAUUUAUUUAUCCCAGUGUUUUUAAAUUGUUGGCUUGCUAAACAUGCUUUGGAGAACAUGAUUAACGAUCUUCAUAGAGCCAUCCAGCGCACACAGUCUGCAAUGUUUAAUCAAGUUCUGAUUUUAAUAUCUACAUUGCUGUGUCUUAUCUUUACAUGUAUUUGUGGAAUUCAACAUCUGGAACGAGCAGGAAACAAGCUGACUCUCUUUGACUCCCUCUAUUUCUGCAUAGUGACAUUUUCCACUGUAGGAUUUGGGGAUGUUACUCCCAAGAUCUGGCCUUCCAAAUUGCUGGUUGUAAUUAUGAUCUGUGUUGCCCUUGUAGUAUUACCAAUACAGUUUGAGCAACUGGCUUAUUUGUGGAUGGAAAGACAAAAAUCAGGUGGAAAUUAUAGCCGACAUAGAGCUCAGACAGAGAAACAUGUUGUUUUGUGUGUCAGUUCUCUUAAGAUUGACCUGCUUAUGGAUUUUCUAAAUGAAUUCUAUGCUCAUCCUAGGCUCCAGGACUACUAUGUGGUUAUAUUGUGUCCCACGGAGAUGGAUGUUCAGGUUCGAAGAGUGCUUCAAAUUCCCAUGUGGUCCCAAAGGGUUAUCUACUUGCAAGGUUCAGCACUGAAGGAUCAAGAUCUCCUGAGAGCUAAAAUGGAUAAUGCAGAAGCCUGUUUUAUUUUAAGCAGCCGUUGCGAAGUGGACAGAACUGCAGCGGACCAUCAAACCAUUUUAAGAGCUUGGGCAGUUAAAGAUUUUGCUCCAAAUUGUCCAUUGUAUGUUCAGAUACUGAAGCCUGAAAAUAAGUUUCACAUUAAAUUUGCAGAUCAUGUUGUAUGUGAAGAGGAAUUCAAAUAUGCAAUGUUGGCUUUGAACUGUAUUUGCCCAGCUACAUCAACACUUAUCACUUUAUUAGUUCAUACUUCAAGAGGACAAGAGGGCCAACAGUCACCAGAACAGUGGCAGAAAAUGUAUGGGAGAUGCUCAGGGAAUGAAGUAUAUCACAUUAACUUGGAGGAGAGUGUUUUUUUUGCUGAAUAUGAAGGAAAGAGUUUCACAUACGCAUCUUUCCAUGCCCACAAAAAGUUUGGUGUUUGUUUAAUCGGUGUUAGGAGGGAAGAUAACAAAAAUAUUUGGCUGAACCCAGGUCCCCGGUAUAUUAUGAGUGCUUCAGACAUAUGUUUUUAUAUUAACAUCACAAAAGAAGAAAAUUCUGCUUUUAAGCAACAAGAGCAGCAUCGGAAAAAUCACCCAACAAGGUUGUUUUAUCAUGGUCCUUCUCGGCUGCCAGUGCACAGCAUAAUUGCUAGUAUGGGUACCGUUGCUAUAGAUUUGCAAGAUACAGGCUGUAGAUCUCCAAAUGCAGCUACAUUAACUCUUCCUUCAGAAGCACCUAAAACGGGCAGAAGGCCAAGCAUUGCACCUGUUCUGGAGGUUGCAGACACUUCGGCACUUCAUAGCUGUGAUAUCUUAAAUGAUCAGUUCGAAGAUGAAGCCACACCCUCUGAUGAAGAAGUGUUGAAUGGUCUGGAGUAUUUGAAAGGCUAUCCCCCUUAUUCACCUUACAUAGGAAGUUCUCCUACUUUCUGCCAUUUGCUCCAUGAAAAAGUGCCAUUUUGCUGCCUGAGAUUAGAUAAGGGAUGCCAGCAUAAUUACUAUGAAGAUGCCAAAGCUUAUGGAUUUAAAAACAGAAUCAUUAUAGUUGCUGCGGAGACUGCAGGAAAUGGACUCUACAACUUUAUUGUACCUCUCAGGGCUUAUUACAGACCAAAGAAAGAACUCAAUCCAAUUGUGUUGCUGCUGGAUAAUCCGCCAGAUAUGCAUUUUCUGGAUGCAAUCUGUUGGUUUCCAAUGGUUUACUACAUGGUGGGCUCUAUUGACAAUCUAGAUGAUUUGCUAAAAUGUGGUGUGACAUUUGCUGCCAAUAUGGUUGUGGUGGACAAGGAAAGCACAAUGAGUGCUGAAGAAGAAUACAUGGCAGAUGCUAAGACAAUUGUAAAUGUACAAACCCUCUUUAGGUUGUUCUCCAAUCUGAGCAUAAUUACUGAAUUAACUCAUCCUGCCAACAUGAGAUUCAUGCAGUUCCGGGCCAAAGACUGCUAUUCUCUUGCUCUAUCAAAAUUAGAAAAGAAAGAACGAGAGAAAGGUUCUAACCUGGCAUUCAUGUUUCGAUUGCCCUUUGCUGCUGGCAGAGUUUUCAGUAUCAGCAUGCUGGACACCUUGCUGUAUCAGUCAUUCGUUAAGGAUUACAUGAUCUCUAUCACUAGACUUCUGCUGGGACUAGAUACUACACCAGGAUCUGGAUUUCUCUGUUCUAUGAAAAUCACAGAAGAUGAUUUGUGGAUCAGAACAUAUGCCAGACUUUAUCAGAAGCUUUGUUCUUCAACUGGAGAUAUUCCUAUAGGAAUCUACAGGACCGAAUCACAGAAAUUAGUGACAUCUGAGUCUCGAGAAAUUGCUUCACAAAUUACUUAUAUGGUGGAAAAGUAUUCCCCAAAGGAUUUAAUUUCUUUCAUGGUUUUCUCUUUAAAGUCUCAAAUCUCUAUCAGUGUGGAAGAGUGGGAGGACACCAAGGAUAGUAAAGAACAAUGUAACUACCGUAGCAACCACCGUAACUCAACAUCAAGUGAUCAGUCAGAUCAUCCUUUAUUAAGACGAAAAAGCAUGCAGUGGGCUCGGCGGCUAAGCAGAAAAGUACCAAAGCAUUCAGCGAAAACAGCAGAGAAAAUAAGUCAGCAGAGAAUGAAUCUUUACAGAAGGUCAGAAAGACAAGAACUAGCCGAACUGGUGAAAAACAGAAUGAAACAUCUGGGACUCUCAACAGCAGGAUAUGAUGAAAUGAAUGAUCACCAAAACACCCUUUCAUACAUUUUGAUCAAUCCUUCUCCAGACACCCGACUCGAGUUGAAUGAUGUUGUAUACUUGAUCCGCCCAGAUCCAUUGUCAUAUGUUCCCAAAAGUGCAUCUUGCCAGAAAAACAGCUUCUGCAAUGCCAUUGGGCAAGACAACAGAGAAGAAACACAAUUUUGA